GUUAGGCACGCGAACUUAUCUGACUUAAUGCCUACUUCACAGUUCAUAUUGUUUUGCUGUCAGAAAGACAAAAAGUGCAUAACAUCAUAAUAACGAAUCAUCAAAUUAUCAUUAAAGAAUAAAAAAUAUACGAGUUUCCAAAAUGUCUAUGCGGCCAGAUGAUCACAGGAGAAAAUGGAACAGAGAGGAGUACGAGAGAUUGGCAUUGCAGCGGUUACAAGAAGAAAUCGCAGAAGAAGAACUUGGAAUUCCAAAACAGCCAACAGUCAAACGGGAACUUUUAAAACAAAGAGAUUAUAAAGUUGAUCUUGAAUCAAAGCUUGGCAAAAGUGUUGUAAUAAACAAAAAUACACCGUCCUCACAAAGUGGAGGGUACUAUUGUAAUGUAUGUGACUGCGUAGUGAAGGACUCCAUAAACUUUUUAGACCAUAUAAAUGGAACAAAACAUCAACGUAAUUUGGGAAUGUCAAUGAAGAUAGAAAGAUCAACCCUAGAACAAGUAAAAGCCAGGUUUGCUGCAAACAAGAAAAAGUUGGAAGAAAAAAAGAAAGACUAUGAUUUGGAGCAACGAGUAAAGGAAUUGAAAGAGGAAGAAGAAAAAAUGAAAGAAUAUAGAAAAGAAAAAAGGAAAGACCGAAAGAGAAAAAUUGAUGAGCCAAAAGAUGACGAUGGAGGUCCAGUUGAUGAAAUGGCAGAAAUAAUGGGCUUUUCAGGGUUUGGCUCAUCAAAAAAGAAAUGAAAAUAUAACAAAAUAUAAAUAUUAGACUAGUAUAAUUUUUAAAAAAGUAUAUUAUUACAAAUGAUACUUUACAUUUCUGUAAAUACCGUAUUUUUCACUUUGUUGAAAAUGAUCGAUCAAUAGUGGCAUACUUUAAAAUACUGAUUAAAUAAUAAUAUAGUUUAAUUUCAAUUACAAUACUAAAAUUAAAAAAUUAUAUAAAAUAAAAGAUAAAAAAUUAUUUUAAUGACUUGAAUUUCUUAAUUCUAAUUCUAAAUGAAAUUCAGUAGUUUUCACCUGAUUCAUUUUCUUCAAGACUUAGUAAAAUAUUUCUGACUUUUCGACGAACUUCAUUUUGAACUUUUUUAAAACUUCUAUCUGAUGCAUUAAAAAAGGUUUGCAAGUAUUGAUCUGCUGGAAUAACUUGAUCAAAAUAAUUCUUCAGAGAUUCAUCUAUUUUAGCAAAAUAGUAAUUUCUAUAGGUAGAUGGAUUCAAAUCUUUUUUUGUAUAUGCUUUUUCAUAUUCUGAACUAUAAUUUGACAAUAGCACACUGUCAGGCAUUGCAUAUUGGAUUGGAUUUUGAGGUGUUGUUGGCAGAGAUACAGGAGUUCUAAGUUCUUGUGUGAAACUUCUAAACUCUUGGUAACCUUCACUUCUUGCUUGAUUCGCAUAAUCUUGAAAACUUCUCUGAAGAGCACUUUGAUGGAGUUCUGAAAAAAUUAAACUAUAUGAUCAUUUUUACAUUUAUUCUAUUAUUUUAUGACUGUGAUUGAUAACAAAGUAAAUUUGCAUAAUUUAUUUCAACAUUUCUUGAAUCCACAUAGUAUAUUGUGGCACGAUUGAAUACACAGUAUUAUUUACUUCAUUCCAUCAAGAAUGAAAAUUAAAGUUAGAAAAAUGUUUUACCUGAAACUUUUUCAGACAAGUGAAAAGAUGCAUUUGUUACUCGAGAUGGAUUUGUAUUGAUUAGUGAAUCAUUAUUCACAGGA